UGCUCCCAUUGAUCAGACGCACAAAAUGAGGCAGGCGUAGGACUUGAACAAACGCACGGGAGCUGCAGGAAACUGGUGAUCUUCAGCGACAUCUAAGAACAGGGCAAUUUUAUUUUUCCAGAAGAAUGGUAAUCUGUGAAAUUCAGAAGUACCAUUCAGAGGGAUAGUGCAGAAUUCGUUCAGAUGAGGAUGCAGUAAAAGCAGGCUUUAUACAGCUCGCGUUCUCCACAGCCAUGUGAGUUUCGGUCCCGAAUGGACUGCAGAAUAAAUGUUUCCGUCCAGUCUGUCAGCGGUGUUAACGGAAAGCACCAAAGGAUAGCACUUGGGUUUUGGAGUGGUUUUGAAAGAUCUGUCGAAAUCUGAUAAACUGAGUAACGACAAAGGAUUGCCAUCAGCCUGAAAGAGGAAUAUUAGAACAAAGAGCGCUCGCUCGCACGUCUUUUCACAGAGCCGGGCACUGGAUCGCUCGGCUCGAAUCCGAAAGGCGUGUGGCUAAGAUGCGCCUUAGUUUGGGGACAGGAGAGCAACAACAAGAGUGGAAUUUGAAACCGUGGAGGUGGGACAAACACAAUUGAAACAACCUUCGGAGUCUGCCUUGAAGCACUACUGCGCCCAGCCCGCGCUCAAAGACGUCAAGAAAGGAGUAUUUAUUUUAAGGAGGGUGUGAUAAUAAUAGAAAUUAGACAAAAUGUCGGCAGUAAUGGUCGCGAAGAAGGUAACGCGAAAAUGGGAAAAGCUUCCCGGCAAGAACACAUUUUGCUGUGAUGGCAGGGUGAUGAUGGCCCGUCAGAAAGGCGUCUUCUACCUCACCCUUUUCCUCAUUAUUGGGACCUGCUGUCUGUUUUUUGCUUUCGAGUGUCCAUAUUUGGCAGUUCACCUCUCUCCUGCCAUCCCAGUCUUUGCCAUUGUACUGUUCUUCUUUGUGAUGGCUAUGCUGCUACGGACAAGUUUCAGUGACCCUGGUGUGCUACCCAGAGCCCAGCCGGAUGAGGCAAUGUAUAUUGAGAUGGAGAUUGAAGCAGCAAAUGGAAAUGUCCCAUCAGGCCAGCGGCCACCGCCUCGGAUUCGCAAUGUCCAGAUCAACAACCAGAUUGUAAAGCUCAAGUACUGUUACACAUGCAAGAUCUUCCGACCUCCAAGAGCUUCACAUUGUGGAAUCUGUGAUAACUGUGUGGAGCGCUUUGAUCAUCACUGCCCAUGGGUGGGAAACUGUGUGGGGAAGAGAAACUACCGCUACUUCUACCUCUUCACACUCUCCCUGUCACUUCUUACUAUAUACAUCUUUACCUUUGAUAUUGUCCAUGUGGUUCUCCGCUCUGUUAGUGAUGGGUUUGUACAGACACUCAAAGAAACCCCUGGAACGGUCUUGGAAGUUCUAGUCUGCUUCUUCACACUGUGGUCUGUAGUCGGGCUGACAGGCUUCCACACAUACUUGGUCCUUCUCAAUCAAACCACCAAUGAAGAUAUUAAAGGCUCAUGGUCAGGAAAGAACAGGGUACAGAAUCCAUACAGUCACAGGAAUAUUGUGAAGAAUUGCUGUGAAGUAUUAUGUGGACCAGUGUAUCCCAGUGUCCUGGACAGACGAGGCUUGAUGGCAGAGUUAUCGUCUUCCCCUGUUAUGAUUUCAGAUGCGAAAAACUACAUCCCAGACCUUCAAACCACAAAAACUACAGCACCUCUGAUUCCCAAUGAGCAGACUCCAGAAGAAGCAAAGCCACCGUUGCAGUAUCGGACAGAAGAAGCCACUGAGCCGAAACAGUCCCCCACAGUCCAGGAGCUGCCUGCUGUCGAUAUACCACCAGCAUCUUUGACUGACACGGCCCCAGCAAAGGAGCAGGUGUUUUAGUUGGCUGCUACAUUUUGAUGGAGCAUUAAAAACUGAAAUGGUCAGAAAGGAUUUGUCUUCAGUAUUAAUUUUGGUUCCUGUGUUUUGAGUUCACAAAUCUCCAGUUGACAAAACUCCUUAGAGUCUUAAUAUUUUACUUCCUCCUUGGAAUCUUCAGCCUUGCUAUCUUGUGUAUGAAUAAAAUCGUGGAGACCUGACUAUGAUAACUUUAUUACUAAAAUGGGCCUGGCAUUUCCUGUUUAAGGAUUUCAUAGAAAAUGCGUGUUUGUAAAUGUGGAAUGUUUGAAACUUCUGUGAAGGAAUGGAACACACAGGAAAAAAAAACUGAAAAUGACCCUGGAAGUAAUGGGAAGCAAAGCCAACUUGUGCUCAUUAACCGAAACUGAAAUAUUAUUAAACCUCAUGUAUUUAUUAUUUUUUUUAUAUAUGUGUAUAAAAAUGACAUAUGGAUAGGGAAUAAAUUUGCCAAUCAAACUUUUCUUAACUUAUAAGCCCAAUGUCUCUGCUCCACACACACUGAGGAGCGUCUGAAAUCCAGUGACCCUCAACCUGUUUAAAAAAAUAA